GGUUUCCCAAGUACGGGCCAGUAGGCCUGCUGCAGUGUUCCUCCAUUAUGUUGGAGGUGAGGUGCUGUUGCAGGAUAUGCUAGAUGAUAUAAAUACAAGACGCGUGUACUGCUAACGCAGAUCGAGCUGUGACUACUUGAAAGCAUAACGAGCUUCAUAGGAAAAUGGCAGAAGUAUAUGGAUGUUCGGAAAGAACUGUUGCUGGCUCUCCCGUGCCCGCAAUGAAUCUAUAUUCCGAAAAAUGUGGUUAUCGUGUUUCAAGUGUGGCGGAAAAUGUACCGUCACCAUCCAGGGAUAUACUCUCUGAUCUCUGCCAGAAACUUUUUGAAGACAUAGACGAAUUAGACAUGAAGAGUUUCAGUGAAGAGAGAACAGGAGCAGAUGUCGAGAGUAUUAAUUCUGUCGAGGUCUCUCCCUAUGUCCCAGAAAUUUUCAGUUUCUCUCUUCUCGGUGGCUCCCAAAAUGUGCUCUCGCAUGGCCUUCCCAAGGUCACUGAUUCCUGUAAUAGCAGUCAGGUUACCAGCACCAUCUGCGCGAGUGGCAGCCACUUUAUCCACUCCACUCCUGGAGAUAUUAAGAAUCCAGGCAAAAUAAGGGUCGGCAAACGCCACCCACUAUUAAACAAUUUUAAACCCGAAUACUGCGUUACCUGUCCUAAAUGUGGAUUAAGUGUAGCUUCAAGAGGACAUCUUAAAAGGCACCUCGCUACUCAUGGUGCUGAUCGAAGCUUCAGGUGUUCGCAUUGUGACUGCUCUUUCAGCCGACGUGAUUUUCUGCAAGACCAUCUUGCUCGUGCUCAUAAAUCGCAUCACAAGAGGGACAUCGCACAACACCAUACCAUUAUAAACCAGAACGUUCGGUUACCUGUCCAGAAUGUGGCAUUACGGUAG